AUCCUAUACAGACCACAAAGAUGUUACAUAUGUUUGAACUGCGAUCUGUAGCUUUUACAAGGGCCGUGUUUGCAGAAUUUAUAGCCACCAUGUUGUUUGUUUUAUUUGGGCUAGGUUCAGCUUUGAAUUGGCCAGGAACAGCGCCAAACAUUUUACAGAUUUCUUUAGCUUUCGGCCUUGGCAUAGGAACCUUAGUCCAGACUUUUGGUCACGUAAGUGGAGCUCACAUCAAUCCAGCAGUGACCAUCGCCUUUCUAGUGGGUUCCCAAAUCUCUUUUAUUCGUGCAGUUUUUUAUGUAGGUGCCCAACUGCUUGGAGCUGUGUCUGGAGCAGCCAUUCUGCAAGAGGUUACACCUUUCAACGCAAGAGGAAAUUUAUCAAUAAAUGGGUUGUUCAAUACAACAACGGCUGGAGAAGCUUUCUCUGUUGAGCUGUUACUCACUCUCCAGCUAGUUUUGUGUAUUUUUGCCUCCACGGAUGAUAGGAGAUCUGAUAAUGUUGGGUGUCCAGCUCUGUCCAUUGGAUUUUCUGUUGCAAUUGGUCACCUUCUUGGCAUAAACUAUACUGGCUGCUCAAUGAACCCUGCACGAUCCUUUGCACCUGCAGUUGUAACAGGAGAUUUUACAGUCCAGUGGGUAUUCUGGCUGGGGCCAAUAACUGGUGCUAUUUUAGGAUCCCUAAUUUACAACUACAUUCUCAUCCCAAACACCAAGACAUUUUCUGAAAGAUUGGCGAUCCUGCGAGGAAUGAUGGACCCUGAAGAGGAUUGGGAAGAGAGAGAUGUCCGUAGAAGGCAGUCGGUGGAGCUACAUUCCCCCCAAACAAUACCAAGAAAUGGAAUGACACUAAAAGUCUAACAUUUGCAUCAAUUAGUUGCACCUGUGCCAAUGCUAGUGACAAGCAGCAAUAAUGUUCAGUGAAUGUUUUCGGUUUCAUCCAAACUUCCAAAGAACACUUCUUAGGAGAGGCAGCAAGGGCAUCCCUAGGUGAAGGCCAAGUAACCUUUAAUUACCAUUAAUGAAUCCGAGAUACGUGUCUUUGUUUCCCUUGGUUGCUUUGCUGACUGUCAGCAUUAGCAAGCUCUUAGGUGUUUUUGUUCCAAACCAGGGACAUCUGACGUGGUAUUCCAAUUGUUGGAGACUACAUUUCCCAUGGUUCCAGUGAUGGAUAUGUUUUAAAUGUUACAACUGCUAUGCUUUAUGUUUCCCGUUGCCCCAGUGAAGACUAAUACAGAAAAAAAGAUUAUCCACAUGAGCCAGAAUGCCAUAAGUCAGUCAUCAAUUUUCUAUAAGUAGAUUGCUACUUUACAUUGGUUAAGAAUUCUCUGUUUUGAACAUUUAUCUUUUUUUAGCAUAAUUGCAGAAUCAUCUAAUAGCUCACAUUUUAAAAUGCACCUUUUAGGCUAUCAAGCAAAAACAACAACAAUCUGCUAUUGAAACUUGACAUCUGACAAAUCAAUCAACAAUAUUUUGCAUAUUAUCAAGCAGAGCAGAAAAAGUUAGACUGUGUUUGAAUGAAACAUUGCUGAUUGCAAAAAUGUGUCCUCAAGCCAUGCAAUUGUGUUAGAUAUAUAAAUAGACUUUUAUAUCCCAAAGUAUCAUUGCUUUUUACAUUGCUACAAGAACGUCAUGUUUAUUUUUUAAUGUACAACUACUUCACUAGUAAGAUCC